UAAGAUAUUGAUGUUUACCAAACUAAUUGAUCCAGUCAUACCGUUUUCCCAUGAGAACUUUUAAUGAGUUACAUUGGUUGGCUAGUAAUUGUAACAUCCGCUCUUUAUAUUGGUGUAGAUGUUUCAGCCGGUACAAUUUUAUUGUUUGAUGUAAUAAAAAUUGUUGGAACUGAUCUGUAGUAGUUCAUAGUAGAAUUUGAAGAUGUUUGUGAUGUGCGGUAGCGAUGUGCCGUCUACCAGUAGUGGAAUCACCCAUCCAGAAGGCGAACUGAUGGGACCCAUGCCUCUGCCCCCUGAAUAUGCAGAAGAAAUGGAAGUGGAACGCAUCAUUGACAAGAAAUUGCAUGUAGAUGGACGCGUGUUUUACCUGCUCCACUGGAAACACACGGAUGCUAUUGAUGAUACGUGGGAGCCUCUGGAUCACCUGGACUGCCCGGAACUGAUUUCUGAUUUUGAAAAGAAAAGGACUGAAGAGAUGGAGGAAUGUAAGGAAAAGGACAUAUCUGGAGAAACGGACAAAGAAAAUGCAAUGAAAAGAUCUAUCGAAAUCCGCACUGAAAUAAUUGCAAAGAAACCAGACAAGAAGUUCAUUAAAAAGAUUGGAAGAAAACGAAAAUCUGGCGGAAAAUUUAAAGUCAAUAGAUUUUCUCAAUUGCAACUGCAGUCUCCGUUUUUCAUUUCGGAUUGCGCGACUGGUCAAGAAGCUAGUGACGAAGAAUUUUCGGGCUUCGAUCGGGGAUUGGAAGCUGAGAAGGUAGUGGGAGUCACUGAAGAUGAGGGCAAUCUCAUGGUCUACAUCAGGUGGAAAGAUUCGAAGAGGAGGGAGUUUGUCUCCAUUGAGGAGGCCAGUAUCCAUUGUCCCCAGUUGGUCAUAUCUUAUUUCGAGAAGAGACUAUGCUGGAUGAGAUACGAUGAUCACAACAUUGUGAGGAGCACAGGUGAAAAUUCAGGAUUGUUCGCAAAAGAAAUUAUACCGAACAGCUGAAAACAGAGUCUUUACUGCAAGGGCCGACGUUACAUUGGACUAUCACUGCAUUUUUCUUGUCUCUAGAAGCUAAUUGGAUUUUAUUUUAGAUAACUGAGUUAGAUUUUUUGAAAACAACUUUGCUUCUUAGUUUGUCGUUUUUUUUUGUUUUAUUAAUUGUAAAAACUUGCCGCUGAA